UGCCUUUUCAGUGGAGAUGUACCAAGCAAGGUGAAAGAAGCUGCAGCAUUCCCCAGCAGCAAGCAGACUGCCUUAAAGAAACAGUUUCCAGCCCUUUGAUAUUGGCUUCAACAUUCCAGAUGGCAGAGAAGCCUAAAUUUUGUCCAUGUGACCUUGGAGAUGUGUUUGAUUAUCAACCUCUUGGAUGUGAAGUGUCAAUUGAGCAUAUUAAGGCCUAUGUGAAGAAGCCCUCUUUUCAGACCGAUGCAGCUGUACUUGUGAUUCAUGACAUAUUUGGAGGGCAACUCCCAAAUACUAGAUAUAUUGCUGAUUUGCUUGCUUCCAAUGGAUACAUUACAAUUUGUCCAGACUUUUUUAGAGGAGAACCUUGGAAACCAUCUGAUGAUAUAUCUAAAUUAAAUGAAUGGCUAAAAACACGAGAUCCCAAAAAAAUAGAUAGGGAAAUCGAUGUGGUCUUGAAAUAUUUGAAGGAAGAAUGUAAUGUGACGAGGAUAGGUGUCAUUGGCUUCUGUUGGGGUGGAUCUGCUGUACAUCAUUUGAUGUUGAACUAUUCUAUUUUUUCUGUAGGCGUGUCCAUCUAUGGAGCUGUCGGUUUAAUGGAGGACAAUUUCAACCUGAAAAAUCCCACAUUUUUCAUUGUUGCAGAGAAGGAUGAGUACAUUCCUCUUGACAAGUAUACUCAGGUAACAAAGAAGUUGGAACAGCAAUGUAAAGUUGAUUUUGAAGUGAAAAUAUAUCCUGGGCAGACACAUGGCUUUGUACACCGCAAGAGAGAAGAUAUUAAUCCUCAAGAUAAACCUUACAUUGAGGAAGCGAGGAGGGAUAUGUUGGCCUGGCUGUGUAAAUAUAUUUAGUAAUUGGUGUACUCAAUCAAAAUAUGAAAUAGAGUUUUCAUUGGUGGAAAAAAGUAAUGCUAAAUGUAUCUUUAAUACCAAGAUGUAAGCUGUGAGUACUUAAAUGCAUACUUUGCUCUGCUAUAAGCAAAUGUCUACAGCAAUAAUGUCUCAGCUGCCGCUUGGAACAAUCUCCUCCUCUAGAUCGCAUACCUACCAGAAUCAGGUUUAAGAAUGGAAAUAUGGUUCUUUGUUCAUACAUGCAAACUUGUUUUAUACUUUUCUCUCCAAUACCAUGCUGUCAAAUCAGCAAACAAACCAAAUACGAUAUGGCAACUUUGGUCAUGGACUAUCACCUGAAUUACAGGGGCCAAUCAAUAUACUAAGGUCUCCCCAUAAUUACCUCAUAGGAACUGUACUAGAAGGACACAAGUUUAAGAAUUAUUAUGGCUUGAGAAAAUGGAUCUUGGGACUCUAUUGCAAGGCAAUGACUUUAACAUUUUUCAAAAAUUUCUUUAGAGUAAGAAUUAUUCAUAAAACACAACAGAGCUCUUUGGGUUAUCUAUGAUGUACACAUUUAAAUCUUUCAUAGAGCUCCUACCAUGUUCCCCUGAAAAUAAGACCCUGUCUUAUAUUUUUUUCAACUCUGAAAUAAGUGCUUGGCCUUAUUGCCAUGUGCUCAAAAGCCUGAUUGGGCUUAUUAUCAGGGGAUGUCUUAUUUGGGGGGAAAUAGGGUAGAUGGAAACUAUGAUACUGGGUUAUUUUAUGUUCCUAACAGUUAAAAUGUGGAGAUAUUUUAAAUCUGUUUUCCAUGCUGAUUCCUUCAUUCAAUAAAAUUUUAAAUUUUGAUGUCA